AUGGAUCAAAGCGCAAAAGAAGAAAUACUCAAAUAUAUGAAAGAAAAUCUAUCAAACAUUUAUUUCAAAACUUUAAGAGCUAAUGAGGUUGAACAAAAUGACGAUGAAAAAUUACGGAUCAUGCGUCAAACGCUGGAUGAUCCUGCUUUGUUUUUAUCAAAAUGGGGAAAAUUUCUCGAAAAAGAACAAUUAAUGAAGUUUGACAGACUUAGGGAUUUGCUCUAUAGAGUUAUUUGUAGGGUGGAUUUAUUGCAAAAUAAUUUACAAUUUUCAUUUAAUUAUUUCAAUCUUAUUAUCGCUCCUCACAUUUGCACAGAUGAUUAUGAAGUAAAUUGGCACUUAAAUAACCUUCAGUCAAGAACCUUGUCCUCUUCAACAUUGGCAGCUUCUCGUAACAUUAAUCCGACAGCUCGUCACAAUAAACAAAUUUUAAAUAGAAGAUAUAAAUAUCUAAUCACUAAGCUAGAUGAUACUUCAUACUUUAGCGAUGAGGCAAUGGAACACAGAGAACCAUUAUUGUAUGAGGAUUAUGUAGGGCAAUAUACUACACAAGAAGAAAGGUAUCCACCGUUUGCUGAUAAUGUGGAUUUAGUUGAUAGAAUUUUGUACGAUAUUGGAAUAACUACAGACAUUGAUAAAUCGUCAGUGCAAAAGGAGAAAUACAUGAACACAGAGAGUGAUCAAUCCAGUACAGCAAUGAUGGUAGAUAGUUCACCGAGAAAUGAUUCUAUUAAUGCAGAAAAUGAUAUUGAGGGUGGACAACAAAAUUCUACAGACAAAAGUAUACAAAUAUCAGAUGAAGAAAAGAAACAGUUGAGAGCUGAUCUUGUUGAGAUUAUGAGAGAAAAGUUUUUUUCUGGAAACGACCCAGAUUUUGAUUAUGACGCAGUGGAUUUUAAUGAAGAGUACGAUGACCUUAAUAUUGAAGAACAGGAAAUUCAUGACAAGUACUUUGAUACCGAAGAUCCAGAUUAUCUAGAUAACGGAACUGGCAUUUUGGAUUAUUGA